AUGCGCAAGUACGAAAACAUCUGGCAUAAGCGGCAGCUGGUCCCGUGCUGGGUCCUACAAUGCAUCGCUGCUGGUAUCUUCAUGAUCGCUGCCGGCAUGAUUCUCGCUGCUGCUGCCUAUGUUAAGAACAAAGACUCACAACUCGACCUGAGCGAUUAUAACUAUUAUGGCUACAACGCCUCCGACCUUGUGAGAUUCGCCGCCAUCACUGGGGGUGUCAUCAUGGGUUUCGCGAUCUGCACCAUUGUAUUCGACAUCGUCGAGUGCAUCCUGUACGCACGGCGUGUGCUCAGCCCUGUCGCCUUGCUCGUCCUGGCCUGCCUAAAAUUCCUGGCCUGGGGCGUUUAUUUUAUCCUCGCCAUCAUCAGCGCCACCCGGGGCAGCGUCGGCUGGUUGGACAUCUUGCUCAGCCUGGUCCUCGUCUCGACUUCGCUCACGCAGCUCAUCCUGGGCGCAAAGUACACGCACCUGAAGCGCAAGGGCACCCUCGACCACAGAGGAAACUACAAGCCGGCCGUUACCGGACAUGUGGAAGGUGGUGUGCAACCCGGUUACUACGCAGGCGCCCAGCCUACGUAUCCUCCGUCGUACGGCCAGCAGAACCCCUUCAAUGACACGACGUACAGAUCGACAAGUCCGGCGCCACCUGGUUAUGGACAGGAUGCGGUGUACGGAAAUCCUCAGCACGGUGUUGAGAUGCAACCUCAGAAGCCUGCGCACUAUUAA